AUGCAGAUUGCUUCUACAAACAUUUGUGAAAGAAUGGGUCACUCUCAGGAGCUCAGUGAAUUCAAAUGUGGUACCAUGAUAGGUUGCCACCUGUGCAAUAAGUCCAUCCGUGAAAUUUCCUUGCUAGUAAAUAUUUCACGGUCAACUGUUAGUGGUAUUGUAUCAAAGUGGAAGCAACUGGGAACAAAAGCAACUCAGCCAUGAAUUGAGCGGGGUCAGCGCAUGCUGAAAUGCACAGUGCGCAGAAGUUGCUGACUCAAUAGCUAAAGACCUCAAAACUUCAUGUGACCUUCAUAUUAGCACACAAACAGAGUGUAGAGAGCUUCAUGGAAUGGGU